UUUUCCAUUUCGAAAAAUGCAAUUUCUAGUCUUUUUUCUAAUAUUUUGGCAAUUUUUCGAUUUUUUGGAGGCCAGCAAAUGCACCGACUGUAUUGCAUCUGGCAAGCACUGGUGUGUGACAGUCAAUGAAUGUGGAUUUUCGCCAUGUGCAACUUCGAUCUCGAAGUCACUAAACUGUCCGGAGCUUCCCGAUAAAGCACACGCUUACGAUGAUAAUUUUGUGAGAACAAAGAUUGUUCCAUUGGCCGCGUCGGCGUUGAACCCGAAUCCUGAGAAAUGUUUCAAGCCAAGACUUCCCACCAUGACACUUUCCAAAAAAUUCAGUGCCAAUUGCUCAGAAGUCGGACCCCAAUCGAACUGCUUCAGCUUCACCUCCUUCGAUACCACACAAAAAGUUCUGGUGAUGUCAUUCAGAGGAACUGAUAGCCCCCUACAGUUGACUGAUGAGAUUUUGGACUUUUUUACCGGAAAAAAGCAAUUCUUCCCUGACGCUGGCAACAUUUUCACCUAUUUCUACGAUGCCUUCUUCUUUCUCUGGAAUGCUGGUCUACAACAGGAUAUCCGUCAGCUAAAGUACAAAUAUCCAGACUACGAACUAUGGGUAACUGGGCACUCUUUAGGUGGAGCCCUAGCUUCAGUUGCAGCUUCUUAUGUUGUUCAUACGGGUAUUUUCACAAGUGAUAAGGUGAAACUUGUCACUUUGGGACAACCGAGAACCGGAGAUUACGAUUAUGCUACGUGGCACGAUAAAAACUUUCCCUAUUCGUUCCGUAUUGUGCACCGUCGGGACCUUGUCGCCCAUAUUCCACCACAGGACGGAGCUGACAAACUUUUCCAUCACAGAAGUGAAGUUUGGUACAACAACAAUAUGAGCACUACUGAGCCAUAUCAUAUUUGUGCUGAAGCCGAUGGUUUUUAUUGUAGCAGUAGAGAACUCGACACAAAUAUUGCUGAUCAUUUGACCUAUUUUGGAGUUUUCAUUCCCGGUUGGCAGACGAAAUGCUAACUUUUUUUUGUGGUGUUUUGGAAUUUUGAAAUUUCAAUAAAUAUAAACUGUUUC